AUGGGAAGUUUCAAUACGAGUUUUAGACAGGGUUUCUUCUUGGUGGGUUUCUCUGAUUUCCCUCAACUGGAACUCCUUCUCUCUGUCCUCAUUUCCAUUUUCUACUCCCUAACUCUCUUUGGCAACUCCACUAUCAUUAUUCUUUCACAACUGGAUGCUCGGCUUCAAAUGCCCAUGUACUUCUUCCUCUGCCACCUGUCCUUCCUGGACCUGUGCUAUACCACCAGCAUUGUGCCCCAGCUUCUGAUUAACCUCCAGGGAUAUGACAGAACCAUAAGCUAUGGAGGGUGUGUGGCCCAGCUCUUCCUUUUCCUUGCUUUAGCCACCACAGAGAGUGUGCUCCUGGUUGUGAUGGCCUUUGACCGCUAUGUUGCUGUGUGCCGCCCACUGCACUACACGACCAUCAUGCACCCCGUUCUCUGCCUCUCACUAGCUAUUGUUUCGUGGGUAGGAGGAUUCAUGAACUCUCUAAUUCAGACGAGCCUCAUGAUGGCGGUGCCUCUUUGUGGACAUCGACUGAACCACUUCUUCUGUGAGAUACCUAGUCUCCUGAAGUUGGCCUGUGAGGACACAGAAGGAACAGGAGCCAAAAUGUUUGUGGUCCGAGUUGUAUUCUUGAUUUUUCCCAUAACACUAAUUCUAAGCUCCUAUGCAAACAUUGCUCAGGCAGUGCUGAAGACCAAGUCAAUGGCAGGGUGCAAAAAGGCUCUGGGGACUUGUGGGUCCCACCUUGUGGUGGUUUCUAUGUUUUAUGGUGCAGCCAUGUACACAUACUUACAACCCAAGGGCACCUAUUCUGAGAGCAAGGGGAAGUUUGUGGCCCUUUUUUAUAUUAUUGUCACCCCCAUGCUCAACCCUCUGAUCUAUACCCUAAGGAACAAGGAUGUCAAGGGGGCUCUGUGGAAGGUGCUAGGGAGAGCUACUGACUUGGGAUAG